CGCGGCUGCACCGCCGCGUUCCGGGCUGUGUGCGCCCCACAGCGGGAGCUGCGGCGGGCGGGGAUCCGAACCCUCCCGUAUUCCGUUCCCGGGGAGCCCCGGGCACCGAGGGGGCUGCCGGCUGGGAUUUUAGUGGAGACCGUGAUCUGUCGCGAUGAGUUUCCUGCUGCCCAAACUGACCUGUAAGAGGGAAGUGGAUCAGGCAAUUAAAAGCGUCGCUGAGAAGGUUUUGGUUCUCCGUUUUGGAAGAGAUAAUGAUGCUGUUUGUCUGCAGCUCGAUGAUAUUCUUGCAAAAACAGCUCAUGACCUAAGUAAAAUGGCAGUCAUUUACCUGGUGGAUGUGAACAACGUCCCAGUGUACACCCAGUAUUUUGACAUCAGUUAUAUUCCAUCUACUGUAUUUUUCUUCAAUGGACAGCACAUGAAGGUUGAUUAUGGGUCUCCAGAUCACACCAAAUUUGUGGGAAGCUUCAAAACAAAGCAAGACUUUAUCGAUCUGAUUGAAGUGAUCUACCGUGGAGCAAUGCGGGGAAAGCUCAUUGUGAGAAGUCCUAUUGAUCCCAAUAACAUUCCUAAAUAUGACCUUCUCUACCAAGGAAUUUAAUGGGUUAAUCUGAGAAAAUAAUUACACAAAUGGACAAUGUUGUAGUUCCCUUUUUCCUUUGAGUAUUUUUGGCCUCCUCUGACACUGUGGGACAGUUUGAGCAUUUAUCCUGAAGGAUCAUAUUGGUCUCCUUCUGAAGACAGAUAUUCUGUCACCUCAUGCUUCUCUCAUAAAUAAAGCCACGUGUUCAUGCACA